AUGUGUCUAGCGUACGCAUACGCCAGCGCAACCGAGUAUAAUACCGGAACGGUCUAUACUCCGAACCAUUGUCACAUGGGUGUCCAAGUUGAUGUUGUGAUCUGUUCAGGAGAUCAUGGAGAGAUAUUUCCUGCUAUUCCUUGUGGUCCCAUCCCAUCAGUCUGGAAGGAACACUCAGUCAUGAGUCUGCCAGUUGAUUACUUGCGCAACCCCUGCAUGUUAUUACUGUUUCGUUUGACACAAGCUGCAUCAGAUGCCACCAGCACACCCAACUCUCUGACCAACCUCGAGGUGGACCAUCACGGCUGA